UGAGACCCGGUUGGGCCACGGACUACGUGACGUGCGAUUCCUCAGGGCGACCCCCCGCUGGGCAGUGCUACAGACACAGGCCAGGAAGGGUCACUCACAGCCCACAGCGACCAGAGACAGCCCAACCAGAGUGGGCCCAGGGCCACCAGAGUCAACAGCCCCCCACUACGUCACAGCUCCCAUGAGCUUCUCCAUGAAAGGAUCCAGCUCAUCUUCUGGACCUCAUCUCUCCCAGCUGCCAUCAACCGGGAGGGAAAUUGGAUCCCAUUUAUGGUUCUCUCCUUGUCAAUCAGACUGUGGGCAUGAAGCCUAGCAGGAAAGCUGCUGUGUGUAGGGAGAGUGGAUUGUAAUGUCAGCGGUACCUCUGUCAGGAGAAGUACCAGUCCUUGGAAAGUGUCACUGCCAAAGCUCCCAGCGGUUACACGUGCUGAUGUUACGGCUGAUACGACUAAAGGGAAACCAAAUGAAAUCAGCUCCAAGAAUCAGCUGCCUCCUUCCUACCCCCCACACCCCCUCCCCAGGCCCUCAUUGGCUGGGGCUGUUCUGCAGAAGCACUGCACCACCCCGCUCCCGACAGAGGAAAUAAGAAGCCUCCCCCUUGCUGUCAGAACACAUUGCUCUGACUCCAGCCAAACGAGGGCACAGACGGAAGGCCAGUCCCGGCAUAACCAUGUCUGCUCUGGAAAAGGCCAUGGUUGCCAUUAUCGACGCUUUCCACCAGUACUCGGGAAAGGAGGGGGACAAGCACAAGCUGAGGAAGUCGGAGUUGAAGGAGCUGAUUAACAAUGAGCUCCCCCAUUUCUUAGGCGAAAUCAAGGAUCAGGAGACGGUGGAUAAGGUGAUGGAGACACUGGAUGCGGAUGGCGAUGCUGAAUGCGACUUCCAGGAAUUCGUAGCCUUCGUUGCCAUGGUCACGUCCGCUUGUCAUGAGUUCUUUGAACACGAGUGAAGCAUCGGAGAAGCCACCCAGAACCUGCUGUGCACGAUGUUAAAGAUAAAAGCUAGACUAUGGAGCCUAAUGCAGAGAGCCUGAGCGGGUGUAGGGGCUGCUAGGAGCGAGUCGGCUAAUCCUGAGUAGUUGUAGUAAGUGCAGAGUGCUUUGUGAAUGGACACCGGCAGACAGCUUAGCAAGGGCUGUUUGCCAGUGCCUGCCACGCUCUCAAGCAGCAUGUGUGCUUUUGCACCUACCUGCAGCUAGAGUGCGUAGCGCCCUCCUGCUCCAUGACUAGAUGCAGAUCCAGUCACGAAGACUUGCUAUUGCCAAUGAUAUUUUUUAAAGGGGGUGGGCUCAGUAAGUAGUAAAGGGACUAGAGAACAGAGGCCUAAUCCAAAGCCCAUUGAACUAAAUGGCAAGACUUACGGCAUCAAUGGGCUUUGACUCAGACCCAGGGCAAUACUAACAAUGGCUGCACUCCUCUGAGCACUUGUAUUUCUUAGCAGCUUAGCUAUCUUCAGCAGUACCCUUCCUAAAAGGCACAGCUGGUAGCGUUCUGGGCUUUCCUUUAAGUCUUCCUGCUUUCUACCGACUUGCAGAAAUAGGUGCUGAGGCAGUUAGGGCCCACGAAUCCAUUGCACUAACGAGGAAGCAGAAAAACUGGGCUAGAGACAGAGGUGCUGGAAAGGGUGGGUGAAAGGGAAUAAGUUCAAUGGCAACCUUGUUUUAAUAUCAGCUCAAACCCAGCUUGCUGCGACAUUGCCACCAGAGCAAUGGAAGGGUCACUUGUGUUCUUUGGACUGUCACACACUAAUGUCUUGAAGUGGGUGGAAAACUGCCCUUUCUGUAAAACAGUACUGUAUGCUGUGGUGUACGCCGCCUGCAGUUACAGUGACUGAUCACUGGGAAGGACUGGAUGAAGAAGAAACACACCAUCACAUUUUUGAGCGUGCUAGCCAUAUUGCUACUGUAUUGGGUUUUGUGUUGGUGAUGGGUCUUUGUAGCUCUUUCACACAUCCAGGAAUCUAGUCUCGAUCAUUCAAUUUAACCAUGUUGAUAAAAAUCCUGGUACACUGAGCCUGACUGGUCAGAACAAGAUGUAAAUCUCUGUGGGCCAUCUGAGAAUACCAAAUCUAGACUAAGGCUUGGUCUGCACUUGCAAGUUACAUUGGCCCAGCUGCCUCAAAAAGGUGUGUAAAAACUGACAUCCUCUCCUCCCCCCAUGUAGAUGCAGCUGUGUCAACAGAGGAGUGCUUCUUCCACUGAUGUGGCUAAUGUUCAGGGAGAUGGUAUUCCUACACCUACAGGAAAACCCUGCUCUUGGGUAGAUUGUGUCUCCAUUACAGGGCUGUGCCGCAUAGCUUACAUAAGAUAGGUCUACACUAGGGAGAUUAACUUGCAAAAUGUGCUCCUGAAUUCAUCUCACAAGCAAGCAAACUCAGCUCAGAAAAGCUGGCUACAAUUUACAUUCUCCACAGCUCAGCAGUGGGUCAAUGUUUAAACAUAAAUUCUGGACUAAAAUCGAGCAGUAAAAAAUAAGAUAAAAUAAAAUUAGAGUCACUUUACAUUUGG